AUGCGACUAUCUUGGCAGCCCGGGUUUUCUCUGUCUAGGAAGCCAGCCAGGAGGCCAACAGUACGCAGGGUCAAACGUGGACCAUCGGGAGAUGGGGAGAGAGCACAGCACUUUGAAUUCAUCCUGGAGAACCCCACGAGAGGGCACGGGGCUGUGGACUCCGAAUCAGCCACCAACAUCACACAUCCAGCAACGCCUGUCGAGCCUAUUACUGACGGUCGGGUAAGGCCUGACUAUCGCGGCGAUAGACACUUCCAUCCCCUCACGCCAGGCCAAAAUGGAACCCAGUCGCAAGGUGAAGGAAUUGAGCAAGUCAUAAUCAAUGACGAGACAUUACUCGAGCCAUUGGGUAAUGAACCAUCCCUGUUCCAGAGCGAGAUCUUUCCCGACUUGGGGGCGGUUGAUAGAACGCCAGAACUUCGUCAGUAUCCGUGCAACAACAACGAGGAAUUCUGCAAAAUCCCACUAACGACGGAGCUACGGAUCAAUCCAUUUCAAUACCGGGAAAAUCUCGAGCCUGAGCCCACCUUUCUGGUCCACGCCGUGAUGGCGUUAGCAGGCCAUCACGUUGAGAGCACAUCAGCCCAGGAUCAUCGGCUUGCCGCAUUUCAACUUCUCCGUGAUAAGCUCGGCUCUUACACCAAUGCAGGAGACGUUUACGCUAUGCUUGAUACAGUUAUCAUCCUAUUCUCGCUAGAUGAGACCCAAUCCGCCUUUGGUAACUGGAACACACAUCUUAUGGGAGCAUAUGGGCUUCUCGAGGCCUGUGGUGGUAUCGAGUUAGCACGAUUGUGUGCAGAAAAGAGAAAGUCGUCUUCGAUCCAGUACGCCACAUUUGAUACCACCGCAAUCCUAGAAAUCGAGCAGUCACUGGAGACUUGGUAUCACACUUCCUCUCAAGCAGCCUUCCAAGAUGAAGAGAGUAUGCAACAAGAUCAAGAUAGCAUGCACUGUUCGGAGGCAUGGAGAAAUGGCCUUCUUAUUUACAUAUACAGAGUUUUUCGGUGGGAACUUGGAAGCAACAUCCCAAUGCCGAUUUUGUUCCGUGCAAGGGCAAUUACAGACCAUGUCUUUGCGUGCCGUGAUAAAAGAUGCGAAUUGAGAGAUCGACCAUUACGUAGGAAGAUUGUGAAGUUCUGCUCUAUUUGGGACUCGAGGACUAGAUAUCAUAUGUUUAGCAACACCAUACCGCUGCUAGAAGAAGUAUGGGCUGAACAAUCUGCAAAGGGCUUUGAGAACGUAUGGUGGGGCCAAAUCGUGGAUAAGCAGCACUCAUCUCAAGCUCACCAUACUUUGCAAAUGCGACUUUGCUUUGGCUAA